UAUAUAGGAGAGCAACACUUGCCUCGGAUUAUCAGGUGCUGCAAUAUCCGCCUGUUUUGUUUUUCACGCCAAAAACAAGGUAGCUAAGUCACGCCCGUCUGCCACUAUCAGAUCGUUGAGUCAGUCUCAAAACAUAUAUAGUUUGAAAGAAACAAGCCCGAGUCUUUGAAAACGUAACAAUAAGUUCAUCAUGGCGAUCGCUGUUAACACCAGCAUAUCGUCCUACUCUCUUCUGUCAGGGCGCAAUGUGGCUUUGAAUUGCCAGGGUUGUUAUACAGAGGAUCCGGGGCUUAGCUCAUUUGGUUGGAAGCCAGUGACGUGUGAAGGGCGGAUGAAUAAAUUUGGACCAAGCAAACAGGCUAAUGGUCAGUGUACUUUUCGUUUUGACACUGGGAACCAUUAUUUUGGACUAUCAGAUUGUUUUAGAGUCUCUAGAGCAGGAAAGCUCUGGCAUGCAAAAGUUCAAGUUGCUGCAGAUUAUUCAGACUCAAGGUCUGCUUCUUUUCACCACCAUGGUGAAUUAGGUUACCAUCCACUUGAAGAAAUAAGUGAUAGCGAAAAUACUGAGAGGGGAGAGUCAAGACUAUCAUAUGCUGAAAUCGCUAGGAGCACUGUUGAGGCAAAUCAUAAGGCAAUGCUGGUGCAUCCAGGAACGAUUCAUCACGAGCCACACCGAGAGAUUUCCUUGACCGAGCUGGAAUAUGUAAUCGAUGAUUAUGGAGACAUCUAUUUUGAGUUGAAUGGUGAUGAUAAAAUUCUGCGAAGCCCUAGGGCCAGAAAUCCUGUGAAUGUUUUCGUUGGACUGGAUGAAUUGCAAAUCUAUGGAGAGCAGGAAAGAGCUGCGUAUGAAAAUCACAACAAUAUUUACACUUACAACAGCAGUGAUACCAAUGACAAGUAUGAUUAUGAAGAGGACUGGAGUUUUAUUGAUUAUGAAGGAGAUGACUCAGAUCAUUCUGAAACUGUGAAAGAUUGGGCAAAACUAGACACCAUGGCCACAGUUCAUCCAUUGCAUUUUGCAAAAAAAAUGGUCAAGGCGGUUUCUACUAACUACUCUGAAAAGAUGGACAGACCCUGUAAUGGCGUUGCAAUUAUUGGAUUUUUAAGGCCUGCCCUAAUGGAAGAAGAAUCUUAUGUACAGAGGUUUUUAUAUUGUAAAGAUUACUCAAGUGGAGAUGACAAUCAUACAGAAGAAAUUGAUGAGUUCAGUAAUGGAAAUGGAGAACCAAAUGCACUUUCUGACAAAGAAGAAGGCAAAAUACAAUCAGAAAAUCAAAGUGUUUUUAAAUGGGAAAAUAUGUCGGAUUCAGGAUAUGAAGAUGUUACCAAUAGUGGUCUCAGUGCUGAUGAUCCUGACUUAAUGUCCAUGAUAGCACCUGAAACUGAAGAAUCUUGGACUCUGGGAUCAGAAAGUGAUAGUGACUCAAUUAGUUCAUCGAUGUACAAGCUUGAGAUUCUUAGCAUUCAACUUAUAUCUGUUUAUGGUAAUCAGUCUACUGUCAAUGUGCAAGAUUUUCAGCAAGCUGAACCUGAUAUUCUUACUCAUUCGUCUUCAGAAAUUAUAGCUUGUUUUAACAAUGGCAGUCAAAAAGCAAAAUAUGCUCUUAAGGCUCUUUGCCAGAAGAAGAGAGGUCUUGAUGUUGAGGAAGCAAUUCUACUGGGAGUGGACAGUCUUGGAGUGGACAUAAGGGUUCGCUGUGGAGAUGAAGUCCAAACAGUUCGAAUUGCUUUUAAAUGCCAGGUUACUACAGAAAAUGCCGCAAAGAAACAAAUUAGGCACUUGUUAUUCCCUAGAUCCCGCUCUCGGCAUCAGAAAUCACGUCGAAAUUGCUACAGAGGCAGCUGAUAUAGAAGCAAUUACUGUGGGUGCAAGUACACUUUCUAGUCUUUGUUCCAUUUAAUUAGCAAGCUGUAAAUGCAAUGAUAAUUGUUGACUUCUGAUAGUCUGGAAGUUUUGGUAAUCAAAGCUACUAGUUGAGAGAAAAUGAAGCAGAGUUAAGUCCGGGUGUCUUCUGGUGGAAUUGUAAUAAUUGUUUCUGCAUGUUCACAUCCAUGGUUUUCAAAAUUAAAGCACUCCGAGAUUCUAUCUUCUGGUUUUCAAUAGUUUUUCAUUUUGAAGGUGUUAACUAACAUCUUAACUUGUAUUGAGCUGCUUUUGAGUUCAAUGUUGGAAGGAAGAUGGGUUUCUAUCUUCAAUAAUUAGCAAGACCGACAAGAUUUCUGUCAUGGAAGGAUUAAAAGUGGAGAGUAUUUACGUCCAAGUCUGUGGAUGGGGUCUGUCGGGGUGGGAUCUUUGAAAAGCCAAAUUAUUUGGUAAUUGAAAGCCCAAGGAUGAACCAAAUGAUUUGUUGUACAGUUCUUGGAUGCUUACAAAGAUUUUCCUCGUUACUGUUGUAUAUGUAGUUGAUUGAGGUUGCAUGUACAGAGCUGCUAACAGAGAUAGAAUAAAGAGGUACGCAGUACCUUCAUAAUCAAAUAGAAAAUGUGAUCUUGAACAUUACUUCCACCUAGACCUUCUAGUGAUGAGAAUGAUGAACUCUUGUAUAUUUGUGGAUUCUUGUUACCUUUUCUUAAUUAGUGGGAAAGAGACAAUAAAAAAUAAAACUGAAUUUGUUCAAGAA